AUGUCCCGCGUUGCUGGCAUCGUGUGCGCUGCCUCGCUGGCCCUCUACGGUGCCAGCUGCUUCAUCGUGCCUACCACUCUGCCCAAGGGCGCGCCUCAGACGGAGUCGGGUGCUGUGGUGGGACAGCCAAGCGCCAUCAACGGCACUCCCGAGUCAGCCUCCUGGAGCCCGCUUGCUGUCGGUGCAGCCCUGGGCCUCUUGAUCGCCGUCGCCACUGGCCGACCUGCUCUCGCCGCGGACCUGGAGAACGGUGAGGCCAUCUUCAACGGCAACUGCACUGCCUGCCACGAAGCUCUGGUCCAGUACGGCAAGUACGACGUCCAGGCCAUCAUCACCCAGGUGACCAACGGCAACGGUGCCAUGCCUGCUUUCGGCGAGAAGCUGGGACCGGAUGACAUCGAGGGAAAGCAGUACACGAUGCUAUCUGACGGCCUUGUGGGCAUGUCUUGGUUCCUCCAGCAGGAUGUGGCUAACUAUGUUUACAACAAGGCUGACAAGUGGUUGCCAGAGGUUGCCAGCGAGGCACGCAUUUCACGACGACAGGAGUUCCAUGCUGUCAUGGGCGUUUGGCUGUUGCUAGGGACGGUUUGUAGCCUCAAUCUCAGCACAAAGACCAUGUCCCGCGUUGCUGGCAUCGUGUGCGCUGCCUCGCUGGCCCUCUACGGUGCCAGCUGCUUCAUCGUGCCUACCACUCUGCCCAAGGGCGCGCCUCAGACGGAGUCGGGUGCUGUGGUGGGACAGCCAAGCGCCAUCAACGGCACUCCCGAGUCAGCCUCCUGGAGCCCGCUUGCUGUCGGUGCAGCCCUGGGCCUCUUGAUCGCCGUCGCCACUGGCCGACCUGCUCUCGCCGCGGACCUGGAGAACGGUGAGGCCAUCUUCAACGGCAACUGCACUGCCUGCCACGCGGGCGGGAAUAACUCCAUUGUGGCAGAGAAAAAGCUCAAGAAGGAAGCUCUGGUCCAGUACGGAAAGUACGACGUCCAGGCCAUCAUCACCCAGGUGACCAACGGCAACGGUGCCAUGCCUGCUUUCGGCGAGAAGCUGGGACCCGAUGACAUCGAGGAUGUGGCGAACUAUGUUUACAACAAGGCUGACAAGUGGAUGCUUGAGAACACAUGCUCUUUGGCAGGCGUUUGGCUGCUGCUAGGGACGGUUUGUAGCCUCAAUCUCAGCACAAAGACCAUGUCCCGCGUUGCUGGCAUCGUGUGCGCUGCCUCGCUGGCCCUCUACGGUGCCAGCUGCUUCAUCGUGCCUACCACUCUGCCCAAGGGCGCGCCUCAGACGGAGUCGGGUGCUGUGGUGGGACAGCCAAGCGCCAUCAACGGCACUCCCGAGUCAGCCUCCUGGAGCCCGCUCGCUGUCGGUGCAGCCCUGGGCCUCUUGAUCGCCGUCGCCACUGGCCGACCUGCUCUCGCCGCGGACCUGGAGAACGGUGAGGCCAUCUUCAACGGCAACUGCACUGCCUGCCACGCGGGCGGGAAUAACUCCAUUGUGGCAGAGAAAAAGCUCAAGAAGGAAGCUCUGGUCCAGUACGGCAAGUACGACGUCCAGGCCAUCAUCACCCAGGUGACCAACGGCAACGGUGCCAUGCCUGCCUUCGGCGAGAAGCUGGGACCCGAUGACAUCGAGGACGUGGCCAACUACGUCUACAACAAGGCUGACAAGUGGUGA